GGGUGGGUUAAGGAGGUCUGGUUGGCGAUCGAACUGCAGUAAAAAAAAAAAUCUCCUUGAUGGAUUUUAGUGUGUAUGCUGUUGCAUUACAUUUGUAGAUGAGGAGAGGUAAGCUGUGUUUGUAAGCUGGGUGUGUAAGCUGGGUGUGUAAGCUGUACACGUCAGCUGGGUAUGUGAUGAAACAAUAGGAUGAGUUAAUUAGAUGUGAGGAACUGUAUGUGUCGUGUUUCUGUAUGAAAUGCACAAAGAUUGGCAUCAGUUUGUGGUGUGUUGUAGUAUGACAGUAGACAUAGAUUGAUUCAGAAUGUGGCGUUUUGCUUUAGGACAUUAAACAUAUAUUGGAACCAGUAUCUGUCGUGGUAACGUUUGACACUACAAAUACGUUUAGCUGAAUCCUUGCUGGCGGGCAGUGGCGUAGCGAGAGUGUUUGACGCCCCGAGGCAAGAUUCGCGCCCGGCGACAAUAUCCAUUUUAAAGCGCCCCUUUUUCUUUUAUCAACUCUCAAGCCCAUUACUUACAUCAAUAAAAUAAUAUCAAAGCACAUUUUGGCGCCCCUAACUAGCUGGCGCCCGGGGACAUCUGUCCCCCCCUGCCCCCUUCUCGCUACGCCUCUGCUGGCGGGUGCUAGGUGACUACUGAUUUCUUCAGAAGAAAUUGUUCUAUUAGAAUGUCAUUGUUAACACUAUGAUUGUUUUGUCGAGCCAAAACCCCAAGCAACUAUAUUGUUUCUUUGAACAGGUGGCAAAGUUACUCUUUGAUGACAGACCACGUGUGGCCGCCAUUAAACACGUGAUCUCGCCAAGGACGAGAUGAAAGCCAACGCGCGAGAAUUGGGCGACACAAGUCAUGGGGCUAUGUUUGUCUCGGCUGCUGAAUGUGCACUUGGGUAAUGUAGAAAACAUUUGUGUUUAAAGGAUCAUAUCGGCUGCUGUGCACUGGAGUAAUGUAGAAAACAUUUGUGUUUAAAGGAUCAUAUCGGCUGCUGUGCACUGGAGUAAUGUAGAAAACAUUUGUGUUUAAAGGAUCAUAUCGGCUGCUGUGCACUGGAGUAAUGUAGACAACAUUUGUGUUUAAAGGAUCAUAUCGGCUGCUGUGCACUGGAGUAAUGUAGACAACAUUUGUGUUUAAAGGAUCAUAUCGGCUGCUGUGCACUGGAGUAAUGUAGACAACAUUUGUGUUUAAAGGAUCAUAUCGGCUGCUGUGCACUGGGGUAAUCUGGAAAACAUUUGUGUAUAAAAGUUAAUAUGGGCUGCUGUGCACUGGGUUAAAGUAGAAAACAGUUGUGUUUAAAUGCUCAUAUUGGCUGCUGUUCACUAAGGGAAUGCAGAAAAUAUUUGUGUUUAAAAGUUCUUACACAUAAAGAAUAUCUCGAUACGCUGCGGGGUCAACUAAAUGAACUGCGCCAUUACCAGUCAACAGUGGUGGCGGGAAACGGUUGUACCACCGUUAUUUUCGGGUACACGAAAUUUUUUUAAAUUUCUGUGAUCAAAAUGGUAUUUUAUGGUCUCAACGAAAAUCCCUGACAUACAAGUGGUCUGCGCUGGUGGUUUUAACCUUGGCGCUUAGGAAAUUGUCGAGAGCGGUAAUGAAAUAAAUGACGGUACUUAUUACAUAGUUUUCGGGGCUAAUGAAAUAAAUAAGGUUGUUAAUUAUAUAUAGGAUGGAGGUAAAGGACCAAUCGAGGACGCUAAAUCAUUAACGACCUGCUUUAUCAGACCAUUCAGCUUUAUGAUGCUACACGACAGCAAUGUCAGACCAUUCAGCUUUAUGCUGCUCCACGACAGCUUUAUCAGAACAUUCAGCUUUAUGCUGCUACACGACAGUUUUAUCAGACCAUUCAGCUUUAUGCUGCUACACGACAGCUUUAUCAGACCAUUCAUCUUUAUGCUGCUACACGACAGCUUUAUCAGACCAUUUAGCUUUAUGCUGCUCCACGACAGCAUUGUCAGACCAUUCAGCUUUAUGCUGCUCCACGACAGCAUUGUCAGACCAUUCAGCUUUAUGCUGCUCCACGACAGCAUUAUCAGACCAUUCAGCUUUAUGCUGCUUCACUAGACUGAACUUUCCUUGCUUCUCCUUGUACUCAAUAGUUACCAGAGGUUUUUUUAUGCAGAAAUCACAUACUUGAUUUUUUAAAAAAUGAAAUAGAGUUUAUACGCAUAUUUAUAUAUAUAAUUUUUAAAAAUAUCCAAAUUCAACAAUUGAAAAUCUGUGAUAUUUGUUAAAAUUUAAAGGCUGAACUAACAAUUAAUGAAUACACAUUUAUAAUAUUGUGUCUCCAACUAAAUCAUGUUCUAAUACAUUUUUUUUCCACAUAGGUCCCCUCAUCUCCACAAGAAAAGAUAGAUUAUUCUGAAUGGCUGGUUGAUACAUUCUCCGCACUUCUCAAUGUUGACCAGACUCCACAAGUCCAGGUGCUGGCAUUCUCUCAGGGGCAAGCUGCCCUAUACCAUCGCGGUCAUCGUGUUCGGCCUCGCCUGCAACUUGCUGAUCCAUCACAUCGCGGUCAGCCGUCCGCAUGCCGAGGAGAUCACGGGGCCAUUCAAGGUUCCCAGUCAGACAAAACACGCGAGCAUGGCAAGCACAAACAAAGUUCCCGCGUCGUGUACCCUAGAUCAGGGAACGGUGGAACAACUGAUUCAACGUGGUCAACUGUUUAAGGUCCACGAAGCCAAUUGCUCGAAACUGUUUUUGGGAGAUAAGAGUUCCAUUGAGGCCGCCAUCCAAAUUGCACAAGCUCCCCGUACAAGCCUCGGCAGUGACUUUUACUUGAACAUCACGACAAACUGUGACGUUUUUCACAAGUCACGGGGGUACGUCAUGUCGUCUCUGACGCGAGAGGAGGAAGAAUUCCCCAUAGCGUUCUCACUCGUGGUUUACACAGACUUGGAGAUGGCCGAGCGUCUGCUGAGGGCGAUCUACAGACCGCAUAAUUUUUACUGCGUUCACGUCGACAGGAAGGUCCCCAGCGAGUACUUCCGGGCGGUAUCGAAUAUAAUUCGCUGCCUGCCGAACGUUUUCUUGUCCUCCAAACGUUUGAACGUGCGGUGGGGGACGUUCAGCGUCCUACACACGGAGCUCGUCUGCAUGAGGGACUUGUGGAGGCAUACGACAUGGAAGUAUUUCAUCAACCUGACGGGCCAGGAGUUCCCGCUCAAGACGAACCUGGAGCUGGUCAGGAUACUGAAGGCGUACAAGGGAGCUAACGACAUAAGGGGGAUGAUAAAAACGUAAGUAGUAUUGAAUUGUAGACAACUCAUGGUGCUUACGAUGACAAGACUCUAAAACAAAUAAUACUAAUUAAAAACAUUUAAUUUCUUAUUAAUGAAGGGUGAAAAAUGAAGAUUUUGUUAGUUCCCAUGUGCUCGAGCUACCAGCCGUUAUAUCUCUGUUUCCUAUGUCACGUGUACUCUAACUAUCAUCGCUGUGAUCUCUCUGUUUUCUAUUUCCAUUAGAGCUAACAGACGCCGGUGGAAAAACACAAGACCGCCUUAUGGCAUUCGUCCAGUCAAGGGAUCGGUCCACAUCACAGCCAGCAGGUAUGAGAACCAUGGUAACCCUGCCGUUGUACUUGUGAGGCCAAUUGUUAUGUCCAAUCUGACGAUGCUUUCCUUGUACGUACGUCCGCAAGGGAGAUGGCUCACCGUGAGAGGAGAGAUCCAUCACGACCGCAGUUCGUGUCUGCAGCACGUCGUUAUGCUUCCUAUGCCUUAAAUCAGCGGCUCUGAACCUGUGGGUCGUGAACCCUUUUUAUUUUGGGGGGGGGGGGGUCGAACGACCCUUAUAUAGACGUCUCCUAAUACUAUAGGAAAAACGCACAUUUAAGAAGAAGAGACGAAAAUCAUUUUAUGGUUGGGAAUCACCACAAUAUGAGGAACUGGAUUGAAAGGGUACGGCAUUAAGAAGGUUGAGAAACGCUGCUUUAAAGCAAACCUAGUCACGUAAUCCUAUUGGUGUUUUUUUUGUUGUUUGCUUGUAUGUUUGUUUGUUUUGUUUUUUACCAAAAAAAAACAACAAGCCCAAAACCCACAACCCAUUUGUGUUGUCUUUUGUACUUACCGAUGAAUUGGACUAGUAUUUAACAAUGUUUGAUGUCACACUGUUAUAUUCCUGGUUAUAAAAACUAUCAUAAUAAUUUGUUAACUGAUAAUAAAGGAUUGUCAAUUUUGUAAGGAUUGUUUCUUUGUCAGACAUGGAACAAAAUAAUAAUUAAAUAUUGAAUUGCAACCUGCUUUACAUACGAACUUUUGUAAAAUGUUGAGACCGGGCAUCAAAAGUCCCCCCCCCCCCUUUUUUCCUCACACAACCUAUUGAAUUUACAUCGGUCAAUUAAAUUCUCCCUUACUUAACACCCAAAAUUUUAGGUCCAAGACAGUUCUUUAAGAUAGGUCGUUAAGAUGGAUCUUCAAGAAAGAUCUUCAAGAUAAAUCUUCAAGAUAGUAUUUCAAGAUAUAUCUUUAAGAUAGAUCUUCAAUAGAGAUCUUCAGUGAAUUAGUUUUUUUUAACAAAACGGACCCAAUGCACAUCUAGCAAUAUUUUCUAGAAUACACCCUUUCUGCGUUUGAUCAAAAUAAUUUUUUCCAAACAAAUAUUUAAAAAUAAAUUAAUAUUUAAAAUUAGAUUUUUUUAAAAAACGGUCAAGUCUGUAAUUUCAGAGCGUUCGUUGACUACGUUCUCCACAACGAGACAGCCCACGCCGUCCUGCAGUGGACCAGGAAGACAGAGAUACCUGACGAGACGUUCUUUGCCACCAUCAACCAUAACCCACAGCUGAACCUGACGGGAACCUACAAAGGUCGUGUGGCUAAAUCGCCAGAGUAUAUUUAAAUAGUUUGGCAAAUUGUUAAAUGCCUUUAAAUGUUAUAUCAUUUAAUUUUUUUACCUUAUGUUAUUCACCAUUUGACUCUCUCUUUAUUUUCUCUCUCUCCCUCUCUUUCGAACUAUAUUUUUUCUCUCUUUCUUCCCACUCACUCUUUUUUUCACUGCCUUUCUUUCUCUCCUUUUCUUUCUCUGGCAUUACCUAGCUCGUAUUCUCUUAUAACCUUUCUUUUUACCUCUCUUUUUCUUUCUUUCUUUCUUUCUUUCUUUCUUUAUCAUUCUCUGUGUCACACUUUUGUAUUCCUUCCUCCUUUUCUUUCAUACUGUCUCUCUUUGACUUGCCUCUUCUCCCACACUUGUUUUUCUAUGCAUCAAUCUUUUCCUCUUUCAUUCUAUAAACCUUUCUCUCGGUAUUUCCCAUUCAACUAUUGCCCCCCCCCCCCACACACUCUCUCUCUCUCUCUCUCUUUCUCUUACUUUCUCUUACUUUCUUUCUUUCUCUCUCCUUUUCUCUCACUUUAUUUCUCUUUCUUUCUCUCUUUCUAUUUCUUUCCUUCUCGCUCUCUCUUUCUCUCUCAUACACACACAUUAUCCAUUUAUCCCAUAUGUUUUCAUUUCCCCCAUCUUAACUUCUAAAUAUUCAAAGGGGAAUAUAGUCUACACUAUUUAUUUCAUGAUAAAAUAUUUCACAAGCAAAAAUUUAAAAAACAAGAUUUGUGAUAUCAUAUUAUGUUACAUCACAUAUUCCAGGUCAUCCGGAUGAAUUGAACAUUUUUAUGACGCGCUAUAAAAUAUGGAACACACGUUCAAGAUGCGCAGGUCGAUUUCAACGGAUGGUGUGCAUGCUGUCCACAGGUCAGUGAAUCGAAGUCAAGUUCAAAAGCGACAAUAACAUCUAAGAUGGUGUCCAUUUUGAUAGCAUCACUUUUGAAUCAUAUCACUUGAGUCAGCGGUUCUCAACCACCAUAAUGCCGCGACCAUUUCAUACAGUUCCUCGUGUUGUGUUUACUACCCCCCCCCCCCGGCCAACCAUAAAAUUAUUUUCGUUGCUACUUCAUAAAAUAUGUGUUUUUCGAUGGUCUUAGGUGACCCCUGUGUAAGGGUUGUUCGACCCCCAAAAGUGGACUGACCCAGAGAGGGAGAACCGCUGACUUAAGUAGUAACAACACUGUGAAGGUUUUAAGGCAAACAUUUUUUCUCUCCAUAUUUCUGUGAUAUCAACAUUCCUGUCGGCUUCCUUCAUAUCGCCCAGCCAGGAAUUCACAAUCACAAUAUCUUCAUUCACGACAGCAGCAACUAUCACGAAAUUUCCAAACAAUGUCAGUGAAAAUCAAUGGCUGCUAAAAUAAUAACAUUCACAUUUUUGACAGCCGGAACCACUGAAUUGAAUCUACAAUCCUAAUACUCAAGUGCCGCGCUAUGCGCACUUCAUGUCACGCAAUAUUCACGUCAUGUCACGUCAUGUCACGUCAUGUUCACGAUAUGUAACUGUAUCGUCACGUCAUUUCACGCCAUGCCAGGCAAUAUUCCCUUCAUGCCAGGCCAUGUUCACGCCAUGCCAGGCAAUAUUCCCUUCAUGUCAGGCCAUGUUCACGCCAUGGCACGCAAUAUCCUCGUCAUGACAAGCCAUGUUCACUUGUUCACGAUAUGUAACUGUAUCGCCACGUCAUUUCACGCCAUGCCAGGCAAUAUUCCCUUCAUGCCAGGCCAUGUUCACGCCAUGCCAGGCAAUAUUCCCUUCAUGUCAGGCCAUGUUCACGCCAUGCCAGGCAAUAUUCCCUUCAUGUCAGGCCAUGUUCACGCCAUGCCAGGCAAUAUUCCCUUCAUGCCAGGCCAUGUUCACGCCAUGCCAGGCAAUAUUCCCUUCAUGUCAGGCCAUGUUCACGCCAUGCCAGGCAAUAUUCCCUUCAUGCCAGGCCAUGUUCACGCCAUGCCAGGCAAUAUUCCCUUCAUGCCAGGCCAUGUUCACGCCAUGCCAGGCAAUAUUCCCUUCAUGUCAGGCCAUGUUCACGCCAAGGCCGUCAUGUUCAAGUCAUGUCAUGCUAUGUUACAUGAUGUCACGUUAUGGUCACUUCAUGUCACACCAUGUUUACGUCAUUUCACUUUCAUUACUUUAUUUAUCAGCUUUUAUUAUUUUUUCCGCCCUACUUAGUGAUAUUUUAAUUUAAAAAAAAACAACUAUUUCUAACCACCAGGUGACCUACCCCGGCUAGGCCAAGCUAAACACUUGUUUGCGAACAAGUUCAUGUUGAACGAAGACAGGCUCGUGAUUGGUUGCCUGGAGGAGAAAUUGGCCAAUCAUACGAGAGAUGAGUACAUGUGUACCAAAGUUUUCAACGCAUCCUACUACGCCAACCUGAAAUUUGUGAAGAAUCGGGUCAGGGCCGUCACGUGACAGGGACUUUAAACAGAACCAACGUGACCUCUUGUGUCUUAAAAUAGAAAUAAUGAUGUGACGGAUGUCUUAUAAUGGAAAUAAUAACACUUUAAGGGAACAACGCAAAAAUCGCGUGAUAACUUCACAUCAUAGAGAGGAGCACUUUCUCCACUCUUUUGUUUCACCCUGCAAUGUAGCAUGCCUUGAAUAGGACUAAGUCUUGGUAUCUGACUGACCAGCUUUGUAGUCGCUUGUCAUAUCCGCUCAUCCGACAGCGGCAAACUCUCGAUACCACGUGUUCGCCUUUAGACUUACGGAAGGCGCACUUUCGCAUUUGCUGGUCCAACAAUUUGGAACACACUUCCUGACGCUCUCAGAAACAGCCAGACACUGGAGUCGUUCAAAACCGAACUGAAAACACAUCUAUUUCGCAAACACCUGCUGGUCGUGAUGUUGUCUACCAUCUUGGUCAGCUGGCUUUUGUUUCCUAGAUGUGUAUUGGCCUGUGUUAUUUGUGUUUGCAAGGGGAUGAAAGGCUUGGUUUUAUCGUGUGCAGUAUUUGUGGUGUUGCGUUUUGUGUUUCAGUGUGGUGUGGUAUGGAUUUUUUCAUUUC